AGCGAUGAUGAUGAGAUCAAGCUUGUCAUGAAGAAGUUCUGUAAACUUAUAAGGAAGAAAGAAAAUAAUGAGGAUGGCCUUGUAUGCUACGGAUGUGGUGAAGUCGGGCAUGUCAAGAACAAAUGCCCAAAAGGUGGAAGGAAUGGACGUCGUUUCAACAAGAAAAGGGCCUACAUCUCUUGGGGUGGUGAUUUGGGAGAUGAAUCCACCGACGAGGAAGAAGAGGAAGUCACCAACUUAUGUCUCAUGGCGCACAAAGAAGUAUCUCCCACGAUCCUCAACAAACAAGAGCAGAAGCCUUGAUAAUCGAUUAUCACCAAGUGAUAAUCCACUAUCAAGGGAUGCUGAACUUUGGGCUCCAAAUCUUGAUAAUCGAUUAUCACCACUUGAUAAUCGAUUACCACGUACUGCUGAACUUCGAGCAAGGUCCAAAAUCAAAGGGUUUUCAAGCUAUGGGCGACUCGGAUUUGUGCAAAACAUACUACACUUCAUAUCCAACAUCGUUGACAACAAGGCUAAGGUUGAAUCACAGAUUAUGUGAACCACCCGGAGGACAAAGAGACGAUAGGAUGGCAGGUUGACAUGCAUGAUUUUCACAAGUAUUGCAUUUGAAGUUAUGGGUUUGACCCACAUCAUUGUAUUUGUAUUAUUUAAGUCUUCCGCUAUCUCCGACAUUUGUAAAGGAUCGAUUCAAAUUUAAUAUGUUGUAUUUUGAAGUUUUAUUUUAUGAAUUUUAUUUAAUGAUUUAGAAAAGUUUUAAAAAUAUUUCUCCUGUUUCACCUUAAUUUAUAUAAUUCCGGGUUAUACGAAUUUGGGUGUUACAUUUCAUCUAUGUUACUAGAGCGCCUACUCUAUGGACUAAAGUCAUGUUUAAAUCACACGAGACGACUUAAACAAUCUUUAGGGCCUAUUGUUUUUGAUAUAAUAUAGAUAUGGAACCAUA